CAACAUGUUCUUGCUGAAGAACGUUGUCUGUAUUUUCCUCCUGGUUGAGUGGUCUGUCCAGGAUUAUCCAUUUAGAGAUGUUUCCCUAUCCUGGGAUGCUCGUGUGGAUGAUUUGGUCGGAAGGUUGACUUUAGAUGAGAUAACCUUACAGAUGGCUAAAGGGGGUGCUGGUAUAAAUGGACCGGCUCCCGCGAUACCAAGACUAGGCAUCGGGCCGUAUCAGUGGGACACUGAAUGCUUACAUGGAGAUGUUGGACAGAAUGCCACUUCGUAUCCACAGUCUAUUGGACUGGCUGCUACUUGGAGCUCCUCACUGCUGUAUAGAAUGGCCGAGGCAACGGCAACGGAAGUAAGAGCUACACACAAUGCUAAUGUUAAGAAUCACAGCUAUGUUGGCCAUACUGGGUUAAGCUGUUUCGCACCAGUUAUCAACAUAAUGAGAGAUCCAAGAUGGGGUAGAAAUCAGGAAACGUAUGGAGAAGAUCCAUAUCUUAGUGGAAUGUUAUCAACAUCUUAUGUUAAUGGACUACAAGGAGAUCACCCAAGAUAUGUGAGAGCUUCAGCGGGUUGUAAACAUUUUGAUGUUCAUGGAGGUCCGGAAAAUAUACCCGCGGCGAGAGCUAGCUUCAACUCCGUGGUGUCUACGAGAGAUUGGAGAACAACAUUCUUACCAGCUUUCAGACAUUGUGUAGAAGCAGGAACCUUUAGUCUCAUGUGUAGCUAUAACAGUAUCAAUGGUGUACCAUCCUGUGCUAACAAAAUGCUGUUGACAGAUAUUCUACGAAAGGAAUGGGGAUUUAAAGGUUAUGUUGUCAGUGAUGAAACAGCUAUAGAAAAUAUUGUAUCUCGGCACCACUAUGUCAAUAAUUCAGUUGAUGCCGCAGCUGCCUCGGUAAACGCUGGGUGUAAUUUGGAACUGGCAGGAAGCACCGAAAAAAAUGAAGUUUUUAUGUCAAUUACUGAAGCUGUACAACAAGGAAAACUAUCAGAGGAUUUAGUAAGAGAAAGAGUAAAACCUCUAUUCUAUACCAGAAUGAGGUUAGGAGAAUUUGAUCCACCAGAGAUGAAUCCUUAUAACUACAUUAAUACAUCUGUUAUAGAAGAACAAAGUCAUAGAGACCUGGCUGUUGAAGCUGCUAUGAAAUCCUUUGUUUUAUUGAAGAAUGAUGGACUCUUGCCCUUGACACAAACCACAUAUAACAGUGUAGCUAUUGUCGGGCCGUUUGCUGAUGCGGGUCAUCUGUUAGGUGGUGAUUACAGUGCUAACCCAGAUCCAAAAUUUAUUACCACACCACGGCAAGGAUUAUCAUCACUUGGUACCAAGGCGAACUAUGCCAGUGGAUGUAAAGACACAAAAUGUUCUACCUAUGAUUCAAGUUCUAUACAAACAGCAGUACAAGGCGUAGACGUGGUUUUUGUGUGUCUAGGCUUAGGAACACCCGUCGAAUCAGAAGCAAAUGACAGACCAGAUAUAGAAUAUCCUGGUAAACAGGUACAAUUAUUGCAAGACGUUGUUAAAUUUGGUGGUUCCGCCAAAAUAAUUUUGAUAACAUUUAAUGCUGGACCAGUAAAUAUAUCGUGGGCUGAUCAGACUCCUAAUAUAAGUGCCAUCAUAGCGGCAUUUUAUCCAGGACAGUCGACUGGUGUUGCUCUCAGGAAGGUUCUGACCAGUUCUAACGCUCAGCAGUUUGGUAGAUUACCAUAUACAUGGUUUAAAUCUUCCACACAGGUACCGCCAAUGACAAACUACACAAUGGUAAACAGAACGUACAGAUAUUUUACUGGUAAACCACUUUAUCCUUUUGGUUACGGUAUGACCUAUACUGCUUUCAAUAAUAUGACCAUGGACUACCCGGAUGUGAUUAAUGCUGGCGAUGUCCUUCCAAUUAAAUACACUUUUCAAAAUGGGGGCAGUAUGGUCGGUGAUAUGGUUGUUCAGAUUUACGUAUCAUGGACUCCUCUCAUUCGUUAUAACACCAGUAUUACUACUCCUAAAAUUCAACUGGUUAACUUUAUGAGAAUAUCAACAGCACCUGGAGAAAUGGGUACUUUUUCCUGUAACAUAACUCCUCAAAAUAUGGCGGUAUUUACAGAAGAUAAAGGAUGGGUUGUUCAAGAAGGUACUAUAUAUCUAUAUGGUGGAGGUUCUCAACCAAAUGUACGAAUGCCAAGAACAGGAUAUGUUGGAGGAAGCUUUAGAGUUAAAGGAACAAAAGUUCUAGGAUUUUAUUAA